AUGGUCCUCCAGGAUCUAGGGCGGCGCAUUAACUCCGCCGUCAAUGAUUUGACGAGAUCCAAUAACCUCGAUGAGAAGGCCUUCGAUGAUAUGCUCAAGGAGAUCUGCGCGGCUCUCCUGUCUGCCGAUGUCAACGUGAAACUAGUCCAAACUCUCCGCAAAUCGAUCAAGUCCAGCGUGAACUUCUCCCAGAUCCCGGCCGCCACCAACAAGAAGCGCCUCAUCCAGAAGACCGUUUUCGAUGAACUCGUUGCCCUCGUUGAUCCUCACGCGGACUCCUUCCGACCUAAGAAGGGCCGUUCCAAUGUCAUCAUGUUCGUUGGUUUGCAGGGUGCUGGUAAGACGACCACUUGUACCAAGCUUGCUCGUCACUACCAAACCCGUGGCUUCAAGACAGCGUUGGUCUGCGCGGAUACCUUCCGUGCCGGUGCUUUCGACCAGCUGAAGCAAAACGCCACCAAGGCCAAGAUCCCUUACUAUGGUAGCUUGACCCAGACCGAUCCCGCUGUCGUGGCCGCCGAGGGUGUUGCCAAGUUCAAGAAGGAGCGAUUCGAUAUCAUCAUUGUCGAUACUAGUGGUCGUCACCGUCAAGAAGAGGAGCUCUUCACGGAAAUGACUCAAAUUCAGGAUGCUGUCACACCCGAUCAGACUAUCUUGGUUCUCGACAGUACGAUUGGUCAGGCUGCCGAGGGCCAGUCGUCUGCUUUCAAGGCUACUGCGGAUUUCGGUGCCAUCAUCAUUACAAAGACGGAUGGUCACGCUGCAGGUGGUGGUGCCAUCUCCGCCGUUGCUGCGACUCACACUCCUAUUAUCUUCCUGGGAACUGGUGAACACAUGAUGGACUUGGAACGCUUCGAGCCUCGCGCAUUCGUCCAGAAGCUGUUGGGCAUGGGCGAUGUUGCCGGUCUGGUCGAGCACGUCCAAGCCAUUACCAAGGAUUCUGCCGGUGCCAAGGAGACCUAUAAGCAUAUCGCCGAGGGUAUCUACACCGUUCGGGAUUUCCGUGAAAACAUCACAUCCAUCAUGAAGAUGGGCCCCCUGUCCAAGCUGUCUGGUAUGAUUCCGGGUUUGUCAAAUCUGACACAGGGUCUUGACGACGAGGAUGGUUCUCUAAAGCUGCGCCGCAUGAUUUAUAUCUUUGAUAGUAUGACUACUGCGGAGUUGGACAGUGACGGCAAGAUGUUCACCGAUAAGCCCAGCCGUAUGGUCCGUAUUGCCCACGGUAGUGGAACCACCGUCCGCGAAGUUGAGGAUCUCCUUUCUCAGCACCGCAUGAUGGCUGGUAUGGCCAAGAAGGUCGGUGGUCAAAAGAAGCAGAUGCAACGCGCGCAGAACAUGAUGAAGGGCGGUAACAACCAGCAACAAAUGGCCGCUAUGCAAAAGCGCAUGGCUGCUAUGGGCGGCGGUGGUGCAGGUGGAAUGCCCGGUAUGCCUGCUGGCAUGGACAUGGCUAAGAUGAUGGAAAUGAUGGGCGGCGGUGGUGGCGGCGGUAUGCCUGAUAUCUCAAGUAUGAUGAGCCAAUUAGGUGGAAUGGGUGGUUUGAGCGGGUUGAUGGGUGCAAUGGGUGGCGGCGGCGGAGGUGGUGGACGAGGCCGGGGUGGACGGUAG